AUGUGGAUCUCAAGGAUCCUGCGCAGUAGCCUCCUAGGCGUAGGAACGAAAAGUAAAAACGUUGGGACUUCGAGACCUUUACCUAAAAAGCUUCCUAUAGCGGGUGUUCAAAAUGUCGUCCUAAUCGCUUCAGCGAAGGGUGGUGUAGGAAAGUCAACUGUUGCGGUCAACCUGGCACUUGCGUCGAACAUGCUCAAUUCGGCAUCUCGCAUAGGAUUGAUGGAUGCGGAUGUUUUUGGGCCUUCAAUCCCCCAAAUGAUGGGCCUCGAAGGCAUAGAGCCCGAAGUCAAUGCAAAAAAAUUAAUUAUCCCUUUGCAAAACUAUGGCAUCAAAACAAUGUCAAUGGGCUCGUUGAUAAAGAAGGAGUCUGCUGUCGUGUGGCGCGGACUGAUGGUGGCUUGGGGGCCUCUUGAUACCCUAUUCGUGGACACUCCACCUGGAACCGGUGAUGUGCAACUGUCUAUCAGUCAAAAUAUACCCGUUCAGGGAGCAGUCAUUGUGACCACAUCGCACUCCCUCUCACUGGCAGACACACGCCGAGGGAUUGAAAUGAUGCUAAAGCUGAACGUCCCCCUGAUCGGUGUCGUGGAAAACAUGUCACACUUCGUAUGCCCCUGCUGCAAAACGAAAACAGACUUGUGGCAACUAGAUAACACUGCCGAUUCUGACUCGGGUGCUACAAAACUAGCCGCCGAAUACAAUAUCCCUCUUCUUUGCCGCUUGCCGAUCGAACCUAUGAUGUCGGUGACGAACGAUCGCGGCCAGCCCGUUAUGAUCUCCCAUCCAGAUUCGGAGAGUGCAGCGACUUAUAGGAGGCUAGCGGCAGCGGUUCACGACUUCCUCGCGCGGUAG